AUGCAUCCAUCACUUGGUCUCUUAAGUGAAAUUGAACGAUGGACACGUAAACAAUGUUUAAUUAAUAAUUUACUUGAACAAUUAAAAUCUAAAGAAUCACAAAAUAAAUGUCGUGAUAAAACAAAAUUUCUUCAAACAAUUCGUCGUUAUUUAGAAAAUUUAACUGAAGAUCCACAUCCACAAAAUUGUGCUGUUAAUAUUUUACCUGCUUUAUGUGAUGCCAUGAGAACUGUUGAAUCACGUUUUCGUGAAGUACCAAAAGGAUCAAUACCAUUAGAAACAAAUUCAACUAAUGAAAGUACAUUUCAACGUUUAAAAAAUUGUCUUCUUUUACAAGCAUCUUACAAAGAAAUAUUUCGUACUUUACGUGAUGCACUUGGUGGUUCACAAAUGUUAACAUCUACAGCUUUUUCAGCAACAUCAUCAUCAACAUUAAGUGAAACAACGAGUGCUCAUCAACAAGAUCAAAGCCAUUCAAGAUAUCAAAUUAGACAAGCAAGUGGAAUUUUAAUGUCACAAGAUGAAAAAAUUUUUCAACAUUUCAAUGAAUUUUGUCGUCGAUUUGAACAAAUGCUUGAUAUGACAAUUAUACUUAAUCAAUUUUCACAACUUAUAACUACAACUGUUCGUUUACCUAAACCAAAACGAGCAGAUCUAAUCGAAGCUAAAAAUAUUGCUAAUCGUGCAGAUGCUCGCAAACGUGAAGACGAAGAAGAACGAGAAGAAGAAAGAAAUGAUAAUAAUAAUAAGGUUGAGAAUGCUUCAGAUGAAGGUAUUGACGAUAGAGGUAGUAAUGCAGGUGUGACAACAAAUGAUUAUCUCACAUCAACUGUAUCAAAAACUGAUCUUGAAUUGAUGAGUAUAUUUGAUUUAAUUCAUAAACAAUUUACUUCAUUAACACAUGAAAUUGAACAAUUAAUUGGUGCUUAUGUUAAUGUUAUGUUUUCAAAAACAAAACGUACACAUGAAGGUUUAUUUAUCUUAGCAAGUUUUGAACCUAUUUGUGAACGAAAUUAUCUCCGUUCGAUUCUUCGUGAUGCUUAUGUUAAUUUAUUUCUUACUGCUAUUGCUUGGUCACGUACAUUAUUAACAAAAAUUGAACAAGCAAUGAAUGUAUUUAAAUUAAAUCAACAUAUUAUUACAUUGGGAAAUUUUCCAAUAAUAUCAAAACUUUAUAAUCGUACAGCUAAAGCAUUACUUGUCUAUGAACAAUUAUUAUUAGCACGAUGGAAAGAAAAAAUUGAUGCAUGGAAAGAUCAUUUAAAUGCUAAUCUAUUAUGUUUAGUUAACGAUAAUGAAGAAAAUAACAAACGUAUAAAAAUUAAUUCAAUUAUUGAAUUAUUUUCUAUAUUUGAUGAAGUUAAAUAG